AAUAAGGGAAAAGGAGAUUAAUGUGAAUUAGAACAAUGCAACGAACGAACUAACCCUGCAGAUUUAAUACAAAAUGAGGCACGGUACGAGUAGCAGUGAUUUUCCUUACGUUAUAAAUGAUGUGGAGCCUGAGGAAUUCGCAGAGUUACAGAAAACCUUCAAUACGGCUUUCACAGAUGGAUACGUGCGGGUCGGUCCCAAAGGUUAUUUCCUGAAGAGCGGCUAUAGGAAAGAAGCAGCGAAAAUAUACAACAUGUCACUCAGGCCGGAUGACGUCUGGGUAGUGACUUUCCCUAAAUCGGGCACUACAUGGGUCCAAGAAAUGGUGUGGAUGGUUGCAAAUGAUUUUGACUACGAAACAUCAAAGGCCGUUCUUUUAGUCAACAGAUUUCCGUUUUUAGAGAGAAAGAUCAUCUACAACGAUAAGGCACAGAAAAAAUUUAAAGAAAUGACCGCUGAUAAAGAGGAGAAUAUAAAAAUGUACUUAAGUUCAGAGAAGUCCUACUUAGCUGCAGAUCGUCCCUCUCCUCGGUUCUUCAAGUCUCACUUGCCUCUGUCGCUGCUGCCCCCGUCUCUGCUGGCCACCUCGAGGGUGGUGUACGUGGCGCGCGACCCGCGAGACGUCGCCGUCUCGUACUAUUACCACUACAAGCUCUUCGCUUUCUAUGGAUACUUCGGUAACUUUAAGCAGUUCUGGGAAUCUUUCGUGAAGGGUGACGUGGAUUAUUGUUCAUACUUUGAACACUUAAAAGAAGUUUGGGGGCAGAGACAUCACGCUAACCUGCUUAUUUUGUUCUAUGAAGAUCUUAUCAAGGACCUGCCCGGCGGCAUUCGCCGCGUAGCACGUUUUCUAGGAAAGGAGCCAAGCGAGGCGCAAGUCAGGGCUCUCAGCGAACACCUCAAGUUUGACAACUUCAAGAAGAAUAAGUCAGUAAACUUCGAGCCCUUAAAGAAAAUGGGAUUUGAAGACAUGAAUGUAGGAAAGACUGUGUCUUUUAUACGAAAGGGCAAGGCGGGCGGCUGGCGCGAGCACUUCGACGAGCAGAUGGCGGCGCAGGCGCAGCAGUGGAUCGACGACAACUUGCGCGGGACCGACCUGCGUUUCCCGGGGCACGACUAACCAUACACAAUCGACACCAGAUAUAAUCAUAACUAUACAAUUCUUUUGUGAAAUAGAAUGUUUUACAAAUUAUAUUUUUCACUUAUAACCAAACUAAUAAAAGGGCAAAACAUAAACAGAAUUAACUUUCAAUGCAAGGACGCUUCUGUCCCUUUUCCCAAAAGUGACGCGAAGGGUUAGCAGGUGAA